AUGGCAGCGUCUCUGAAUCUCAAAGAUCUCCUUCUCCCAGUAUCUCUCGGGCCCGCUGUGAAGAUAGCUUCAUUUAUAGUUCUUGCAUUGACUAUAUACAUCUUCUACCAACACUUUUGGCACCCCCUCGCCCGUUACCCCGGGCCUUUUCUCGCCUCUUUGACCGACAUCUGGCAAGUGCAAGAAUGGCUGAGCGGAAAACAACCAUACCACUUGACGGAGCUCCAUGCAAAAUAUGGACCCAUUGUUAGAUACGGGCCAGAUAAGCUGAGUGUGACAUGCAAAGAUGCGGUACAAACUGUAUAUGUUCGCGGGCAUAAGACAAUGCCGAAGACGGAAUAUUAUGAAGCCUUCGGGCAACCGCAUGAACCGAAUCUUUUCAAUCAUCGAAAUCAAGCUGAUCACGCCGUACGUCGCCGUAUACUCCUUAAGGCAUUUUCCCCACAGGCUGUCGAGACCUAUGAGCCGAUCUUGAAUUUUCACUGUCAUCGCCUGAUUGGGAAAAUCGAGGGAUAUUGCCAAUAUGGAAAAUCCUUUGAUUUGAGAAAGACAAUCUAUCAUUUCGUGUGUGAUGCAAUGGCUGAUCUCAUGUAUGGUGAAGAUCCGGGUAUCCAAAAAGGAAACCCGGUAGAAGCCUUGCCUGAUAACCAUCACAUUUCUCUGUGGGGUGCCGGAAUUGGUUCAUGGCCAUUAUUACAACCUAUACUAUCCAUCUUCUUGCUCCUUGUUCCGCACCCCCGAGCUUGGAAGUCAUUCCGCAAUCUGCUCGGUUAUUUCCAGCAAGCAAAAGGAAUCGUGAGAAAGCGACUGUUGGCGAUGUCAGAUGAGAAAUGGCCAGACCGAAAGGAUAUACUUUCACGUAUUAUCAACUUGAAAGACGCGGAUCAUGAAAACAAACUCCCAGAGGCUAACUUGGUUGCAGAAACGUUUGGUUUUAUCAUCGCUGGAAUUCACCCACCAAGUGCCACUACUACCCUCCUAUUCUAUAAUUUGCUUCAUAAUAAGGAUGCUAUUAAUAGGGCCGUUGCCGAAAUUGACUCACACUUACCACCUAUGGCGCCAGGGACAGAUGCUUACUCGAGAUCAGCGGUCGAGAUAAACCUCCCGUAUUUCCAAAAAUGCGUCAAGGAAAGCUUUCGCCUCACACCAGCCUUCACGAUGCCCCUGGCUAGAAGGGUGACAGAUAGUGAAGGGCUUAUCUUGGAUGGGAAUGUGUUGCCAGUGGGGACCUCUGUUGCGAUGUGCAACCACGCGUUCCACCAUAACCCUGAAAUUUGGAGAGAUGAUCAUAACUGUUUCCGGCCUUCUAGGUGGGAAGAUGAGACAAAUAAUGAGUUGGGGAAGCUACUGAUGCACUUCGGAGCUGGUGGGCGGCAAUGUAUUGGCAAAUCGCUUGCAAUGACGACGACCGCCACUCUUCUAGCGAAAUUUUGGUUCCAAUUGGCUGAUGCAAAAGAGGAGCAAGAUGUUGAGAAUGGGAUUUUCUAUGGCAAGCUCCCUGAGCAGAUUAGCGUGGGUAUCAGUGAUCUUAAGGGACCGUUGAUGGUUAAAGCGAGCGUAAGGGUAUUAUGA